ACAUAGACCGAAACAGGUCCAUGGCUAUGGAUCGUAGAUUAUUCGGUUUUACAAAGGGCAUACAUUGCUCGCAACUACUCCGUAGACAUGGAGAACAUCCAGCUAGGCGUGUGGUAUCAUUCCAAGGUUCUUCCGCCAUGCCGAAAUCAGCCUAGCGUACUUUUCCCAUCAGCACAGUCCUCAGCUUUGCCUCCCCAUCCUACCCCCCACGCCCCAUACAAUGCCCACACGCGUCCCUCCAACGCGUAAAUCCAAAAGCACUUCCAAGACCAGCACCUCAGCUCCAUCUCCAGGGAAACCAUAUAACCAUACCCUUCCACCAUCAAUCCUGAGCCCAGUUCCAACCGCCAUCCCCCCUUCUCGGAAACACCCACAAUCCUACCACGAGCCUCUUCUCUUAAACGACAAGGCAGCAUGCGACGCCCUCCUCACCUGGUUCGACGGCGUAAAACACUCGAGAGGAAUGCCAUGGCGGAAAGAAUGGGUCGAUCCUUCCGCUCACAGAGGCAUAACAACGACCUCGUCGAAAUACCCAACGCAUGAUAUCCCUAUCAGCAAAGCCAAUCCACUCAAUGCCCAGUCGGAAGAUCCAAGUACCCGCGCCUACGCAAUCUGGAUCUCAGAAACCAUGCUCCAGCAAACGCGCGUAGCGGCCGCGAUCCCCUAUUUCGAGAAAUGGAUGGCGAAGUGGCCGACGGUGUUUGAUCUCGCGGCCGUGAAAGAAGAGGAGGUGCUGAGUGUCUGGAAGGGAUUGGGGUAUUAUGGGCGGGCGAGGAGGUUGUUGGAGGCUGCGAAGGGGAUGCUGGCGGCGUGGGAGGAGAAGAAGAAGAAGGUUGAGGGGGGAAAGAGGAAGAAUGAGGGGGGUGAUGAUGAUGAUGAUGAUUGGGAUGCGAAUGAUGAGGACUUGCGAGGACCAAUUCCAUUUACAGUCGGAGCCCUGAUGAAGUUCCCCGGUAUAGGUCGCUACACUGCCGGCGCCAUAUCCAGCAUCGCCUUCGGAUACCCGGAGCCUGUAGUCGACGGCAACGUAGUACGUGUUCUGACUCGUCAGCUAGGACUCUAUGUCGACGGCAAAGACAAAAAGUCUCUGGACCUCAUUUGGGAAGCAGCGCAACGUCUGAUUGAGCAUGUAGCUGGUGAAACAAGCUCCCCGAGUGCGAUACCGGGCUUGUGGAAUCAGGCCGUCAUGGAGCUCGGCGCGACGGUGUGUACGCCGCGAGCGCCAAAGUGCGAGAUGUGUCCUGUGAGGAGGACAUGUAGGGCGUACAUGGAGGGCGAGAUGUUGGCCGAGGGGAAAACCGCGUCUGAAACGAUUGUCACUGACGAAGAAGACGGUUGUGGGAUUUGUGAGGUCUUGGACAUAGAAGACCUACUCCUCGCACCGGAAACAGACGACAAAGAAACAAACACAGACGGCAAAGCUACCAAGAGGCGUAAACGGGACGUCAAAAGCACGGGAAGAAUAUCGAGCUACUUCACACCUAUGUCGCAAACCAGCAAGAAGACCGCAUCUUCCACAACUAAUCGUCGGGAAGACACUACGCAAUCUGGGAAUACCAUCAUCGAAGACAGCAAGAAACGCAAAAUCCAAGAUAUAUCCAACACAGUAAAACUAAAACGCAUCGCCACGUACUGUUCACUAUUCCCCAAGAAGUCACCCAAGAACAAAGUCCCCGAAGAGGCGUGCUUGGUCUGCAUGGUAGAGCUGCGAUUUGCCGGGCAGAAGAGCAGCAAAUGGCUGAUCGAGCAGAGGCCAGCGAAAGGCCUACUCGCCUCCCUCUGGCAAUUCCCUCUCCUCACACUCCCGCAAACCGACAACAUCCCACCCGCACCCUCCUCCCACAAAUCCACAGCACACGCCUUUCUAUCCAGCCUCGAAAGAACGGGCUUCUCCCUCAGCAAGGCGAAACACGUCGAAUCCCUCGGCUCCCUCGUCCACGUCUUCAGCCACCUCCGACUUACCAUGCAUAUACAUCGCUUCACGCUGUCCGUGGACGACGCACUGGAUCCGGAUUGGGAUUUCAUGUUUCCAAGCCCGCCGGCAAGGAAAUGGGUUGAUACGCAGGAUGUGCAGGGCGAGACGUUGUCGACGGGGAUGCGGAGGUGUUGGGAGCGCGUACUGCGUAGCUGUGAAGCGGGAUAGAGAUGGAGAGAUACGGCAUAGAACGAACACCUCCGACUGUACCAGGUCCGUGGAAAAGAUUGGGCAGCAUGUCUGAUGCAGGUGCGGGGUGUGUUCCAAGCUUCCAAGAUCGCUGUGUCGUUCU